CUACAUUUUCGUAGCCUUUUUCUCUUCUUUUAUUUUAUUUCCAGUUCUUUCCGCAGCAGUUUUCAGAUUGGAGAGUGUAGAUUCAGCUAAUGUUGUAGAACAGGAAAUUUUGUGAUCAAUGGGGAUGGAGAGAUCUAAAAUAGAGUGUAUGAAUUCGAAGAUCUAUGUAGAGGCUUUUGUGGGGUUUAUGCUGAUCUGGGCAGCUGGAAUUUCGGAUGCUCUUACUAAUCCCGGUGAUGUUGCAGCGAUUAAUAACUUAUACGUUGCACUGGGUUCCCCUCAACUUCCCGGGUGGGUUGCAACUGGGGGAGACCCAUGCGGUGAAAGUUGGCAAGGUGUUACUUGUAAUGCUUCAGAUAUAAUGAAGAUAGUUCUUAAUGGUGCUAAUUUAGGAGGAGAACUGGGCAAUAACUUGAAUGCCUUUGCUUCCAUCAAAGCAAUAGAUUUAAGCAACAACCAUAUUGGGGGCAGUAUCCCGUCCAAUUUGCCUGUUACCAUGCAAAACUUUUUUCUUUCAGCUAAUCAGUUCUCUGGUAGCAUACCGACUUCUCUUGCAUCUUUGACUAUACUGACAGACAUGUCUCUGAACAGUAAUCUUUUAAGUGGAGAAAUACCAGAUUCCUUUGAAGCCCUGACAGGAUUGAUCAAUCUAGAUUUAUCUAGUAACAAUUUGAGUGGGCAACUGCCUCAGUCUCUGGAAAAUUUGUCACAACUGACAACUCUACGUUUGCAGAACAAUCAGCUGUCUGGCACCCUUGAUGUCUUACAAGAUCUUCCAUUGAGAGAUUUGAAUGUUGAGAAUAACCUAUUCUCUGGGCCCAUACCUGAUAAGUUGUUGCAGAUCCCAAAUUUCAGAAAAGAUGGGAACUCAUUUAAUUCUACUGUUGCUCCACUACCUCCACCAACAUCUGCAGUAACACCACCACCAGCACCACCACUUUUGGGGACACCACCAGUCUCUGGGUCACCACCUUCUCAACACACACCUGGAAAACAGGCUGACGGGCCAUCUUCUUCAGAAGAAUCAAAAUCUGGAGGGAAAAAAUUUUUAACGACUAAAAGGGUUGUUUGGAUAUCAAUUGCAGGAGUGAUGUUGUUUAUAAUUUUGGCAUUAGCAUUUUUGCUUUUAAUGCCAAAGUGUAGCAGAAGAAGGGAGGAGAUUUUCAAGCGGCAUCAAGCACAAGUAGGUGUAUAUAGAGGCAAUAGAGAAGAGCCAAGGGAUAACCAGCCACUGGCACAACCCACCAAUCAAAUGGAGAAAGCUCCAAAGGAAGCAGUUGUGAAGCCGAAGGACGAUCAUCGAUUAGAGAUGGGAAGAAUGGGAGCAAUUGCAAAGUCACAGAAUGAACAAGAAAGAGAUGGCCGAAGGCUGGGAUCAAUACCAAAACAGGAUGAUUAUGAGAUAGACAUGAGGUUUAUGGCUCCUCCUCCUCCUCCUCCUCCUCCACCACCUCCCCCUCCACCUCCUCCUCCACCACCUGUUGUUGAGAAGGUCAUUGCAAAACCAAUUGUUCCUGCUGAAGUAACUACGACAAAAGCUUCCACAAAAACAGCGAAUCUUUCCACUAUUGCUAGAUCAUUUACCAUCGCAUCGCUUCAGCAAUGUACUAACAGUUUUUCUCCAGAAAACCUUAUUGGUUCUGGCAUGCUGGGGAGUGUUUAUAGGGCACAGCUUCCUGAUGGAAAGUUACUUGCGGUAAAGAAACUGGACAAGAGGGCCUCAAGUCAGCAGAAGGAUGACGAAUUUCUUGAAUUGGUAAACGACAUUGACCGAAUCCGACAUGCUAAUGUUGUCGAGCUCAAGGGUUACUGUGCAGAGCAUGGACAAAGGCUUCUGAUCUAUGAGUAUUGCAGUAAUGGGACACUGCAGGAUCUGCUACACUCAGAUGAUGAAGUAAAAAGAAAUAUUUCUUGGAACUCCCGCAUUAGGAUGGCACUUGGAGCUGCUAGAGCAUUAGAGUAUUUGCAUGAGAUUUGUCAGCCGCCUAUUGUACACCGAAAUUUCAAGUCACUCAACGUUCUGCUCGAUGAUGAUCUUUCUGUGCGUGUCUCUGAUUGUGGUUUGGCUCCUCUGAUUUCAUCGGGUGCUGUCAGUCAGUUGUCAGGACAGCUGCUAACAGCUUAUGGUUAUGGAGCUCCGGAAUUCGAGUCAGGAAUUUAUACUUGUCAGAGUGAUGUUUAUAGCUUUGGGGUAGUUAUGUUAGAACUCUUAACAGGCCGGAAAUCAUAUGACAGGACACGAAAUCGAGGGGAGCAAUUUCUUGUGAGAUGGGCAAUUCCCCAGCUUCAUGACAUUGAUGCAUUAUCUAGGAUGGUUGAUCCUUCUCUUAAUGGAGAAUACCCUGCUAAAUCAUUAUCACACUUUGCUGACAUUAUUUCUCGUUGUGUUCAGUCUGAACCAGAAUUCAGGCCCCCAAUGUCUGAAGUUGUCCAGGAUCUAGUAGAAAUGAUUCGGAGAGAGCGGCGCAGCAAUGAAUCAAUCGGAGACUGACCUAAAUUAGGAAACAAAACUUGUGGUUUCAGCUUGGGAAUCAUGGUGAAGUUGGAUAGAUUUUGAUCUGCCAGAUUAACAAUCCGGACCAGAAAAAAAAAAAGAAGAAAAAAUCACUGUAAAGAGGCUACAACAGAUGCCCAUACUGACACAUCCACAGUUCACAUCCUACGCAUUUGACCUUUACUCCUAAGCGGAGUUUACAAGGUAAAUUAGCUACAGAUCUGUGAACCCCAACAGUGAGAUUAUUGAGGUCAAUUAGUUUGUGAUGAUUCAGUUGUUGAUUAAACUAUGGUAUAGUGUCUUCAUUGGAUCAGAGAUGUACUGAUCCUAUUGUUUCAUACUAUCAUUUGUUACCAAUUCUUGAUGUUCAAA